ACAGAGUUGUGCCAAUAUGAAAGGACACAGCUGAGGACAUUUCCUGUGCAGUUCUUUAUUGUUGUGCACCAUAGCUGUGUUCAGUGACUACAGCGCUACAGGUUGAUCUUUCGCUGUGGUUGGAGGCUGCAUGGCUUCGGGUGGAGCAGAGGAAGACGAUGGAGGCAUUCCAUUGGACAUCGACAACAUGCACAUGCUCCUCCAAGUGGAGCACGAUCAGAUUCAGAAAAGGACGUUCACCAACUGGAUCAACGCUCAACUCUCUAAGAGAUGCCCUCCCUCACACGUGUCAGACCUCUUCUCUGACCUUAAGAGUGGGUCACAGCUGCUCGACCUGCUGGAGGUGAUGACUGGUCAACCUAUGAAAAGACAGAGGGGCCGAGGGGUUUUCCAGCAGAGGGCCAACAUCGAGACAGCACUAAACUUUCUCAAGAAAAAAUCAAUCAAAAUGGUGAACAUUAACAUCCCAGAUAUCAUAGAUGGACGGCCCUCCAUCAUCCUCGGCCUCAUCUGGACCAUCAUCCUCCACUGUCACAUAGAGGAGCUGGCCAGCACUCUCUGCUACAGCUCUUGUCAUUCCUCCCUCGACUCUCUGACCAGCCUGGACUCCUUUUCUGGCAGCCCGGUCCCAGCUAGUCCAGUCCAUGCAGGCCGGACUUCACCUCUGCAUAAACACUUCCGAAUAUCCGCCAAGAAGGCCCUGCUCAUGUGGGUCAAGGACCAGUGCCAACGGGCUGGUUGCUCUCUAAGUGUGAAGGACUUUAAGAAGAGCUGGAGAAGCGGAGAGGCCUUCCUGGCCAUCCUGUGCUCUCUCAGGCCACAGCUGGUUGAUCUCUCUCUUGUGCGGUUCAGAAGCAACCAGGAGAACCUGGAAGAGGCGUUUCACCUGGCUGAGAGGGAGCUCCACAUCCCCCGUCUGCUGGAGCCCCAGGAUGUGGAUGUUAAAGACCCUGAUGAGAAGUCCAUUAUGACUUAUGUGGCCCAGUUUCUCCAGUACUCCAAUGACAUGCCUUCACCUGAUGACCACCUGCAGGUCCCCCAGAGUGAGCGAGCACUAGAGGUGACCGCCUGGCUGCAGCAAGCCUACCAGGACCUGUCAGAGGCACGCACAGCUACAGAACAUUCAAGCUUUGCAGAAAAAUAUCAGGUAUUUCAGAAACUGUCAGACUCGUUCACUGAGCAGAGGAAACCAGUGAUGACUCUCCUCGCUGCAGUAAAGCGCUGCCCUGAGCUGAGCCAGGAGCAGCGAGCUCUCAGGACGGCGUGGGAUCGCCUGGAGGAGGAGCUGCAGAGAUGUAAAGCAGACCUGGACUCAAGUCUUCCUCCUCCUCUGGACUCAGUUGUGGUGUGGCUGCAGCGUGCAGAGGCAGCGCUAACAGAAGACGGAGGAAAACAGAGAGAGCAUGCAGAUGCUGCAAAAGAUGCAAGAACUCAACAAGACAAGUUAAAGACUUUAAUCAAAGAGAUGAGCCAUCAUGUCAAUAUCCUUGAUACCUUCAAAAACAUGGAUGUCUCGGGGAACUUAGUCGUGCCCCUUGAAAAGUUUGACGAGGUAAAAAGACGUUUAACAAAUAUCAGAGUGACAGCCAAGUAUCAAGGGAUCAAGUUGGAAUACAAGGAAUCUCGUCACACUGUGCUUGAUCUCCUGGGCCGCGUUGAUGCCGAGGUUCAGACAUGGAAAGCCCCCUACAGGUCCCAGGAGACAGUGACCCAGCUUCUGCAGGACUGGCAUGAAACUAUGGAACGCCAAGGCCAGCUUUUGAUUCUGAUGGACGCUCUCCAAAAGCUGCAGAAAAAGGCGAAUGCUUACACAAGCAAGGCAGCACUAAGCGAAGAUUCCCAGAUUGUCACUCGGCAGGUGAAGGAGGCAGAGAGGGAAGCUGAGUUGAUACAACAGGCUGUGACGGCUGUGAGGGGCACGAUGGAGAGAGUGGCGUCUGAGUGGGAGACUUACAACGACUGCAUGACUUCUCUGCAGACAUGGCUGACACAGCAGAGAGACAUGAUGCAUGAUCAGGAUAUGAGUAAGUGGACAUCGUGUCAGGCCAGGUUAAACGAGGCGGGGAACUUUCUCAUCGAAGUGACAGAUUCUUCAGCCAGCCUCGCUCUGACAGAGCAACUCCGCAAGAUCAACAUGCAGUGGGCUGAACGCGUGAAGAGGACGAAGUUUGGCGUAUCCUCAGAGUCCAGUGUAGGCCCUCUGUGUCUUCAAACGGUGCCUUCACUGACCCAGGAGGCCAGCUUUCUACUAAAUCAGCCACUGGAGGUGUCCUCAGUCCCCCUGAAGGCUAAACGACAGAAGCUACAGCUGAUGAGCAAAAAGAUGACUGAGGUGGACCUCUCCUCUCUCAGUCCGUCCACAGACUUCACACCCCCACAGGUGCUUGCUGAAGCAGAGAGGACCUGUGGAGAGCUGCAGAGGGCUGCAUCCAGGCUGGAGGGCCGUCUGGCAGAACUGAACCACUGGAGCACCGAGACCCUGGACUGCUACCAACAACUAAAGGAGAAAAAGCGCAAAGGACGUCCUGCACUGAAAUCUACAGCCAAAGCUCUGAUCUCUCGAGGCCUGCAGCUGGAAAACCAGGUUGUAACUGAGGGGCAGGAUCUGCAGGACCUUGUGGCUCAGGUACAGAAAACCUCUCCUCUGCAGCACCUCAGCACCUCUGACAUGCAGGACAGGAUCUCAGAGGCGGUUAACCACUGCCAGGAGAUUCUUGGCAUGUUUAGCUCGCUUGGAUUCCAGCGACCUGUUGGAGCAGCCAAUCAGACACAGAAGCAGCCAGAGCCAGGGGCCAUUGUUGUGGCCAGAACCAAACAUGUGGACAAGAUUGGGAAUGUUUCCGUUCAAACCCACAUCCCAAAUCAGUUUCUAGCAGAGUUUCCAUCUCAGUUGCCUCAACAGAGAGCGAAAGAUGUCCAGCAGAUUGUUACGCAGGAUGAACCGACCAUUGUCAUACCCCGAGUCCAAAUACUGCCUCAGCCUUUAAGAGAACCAGUACCACAAAUUCACUCUCCUCUCACUCCAACUAGAAAAGAUACUGAAUCACAUCCCACGAUCCAGCCUCAGUCAUUUCCCCAAACCUUCAAUCAGGCUCCAAGUCCAAGUUUUUCUGAACUUGUAACAAGUACAGUCUCUAAGGAAAAAGAAAGCUCACACACUUUACAAACCAACAAAUCAAAAUCCAGAUCUGUAAGCAAACCAAAGACUCCACAGACAGAGAAAAAACCUCCUCUUCCACCAGCCAUGGAUCGCAGUGAGGUUCAUUCAAAAGCCCAGUCAAUGGCAAAGAGCCGACUGCUGAAGGCCAGGUUUCAUCUGCAAGGACGCAUCCAGCAAGCCAUCAACUUAUUUGGAGGCAGAGACAUUUCAGACGCACAAGCCAAGAGGAAACAGAAAGCUUUAAAAGUUCUUCAGCCUGCCGUCCUCGAGGAGUUCCUGGGUGCAGUGGAGGGUUUUGGGGCCUUUUGCACGGGGUCCCAACUCCAGGAAGUGACCCGCCUUUCAGACUCGGUCAGGAAACAGUGGGAGGAUGUACGCAGAGAAAUUGCUGCUUUUGUUCCCGUCUUGCGGUCUCAGAUCAGAGCGGGAGAGCAGUCAUUUUCUGUUGUGCAAUGUGAAACGCAAACUAACAAUCUGCAUGAAGCGACUGACCAGACUGACCAUGGCUCUGUGCUGCAGCAGCGACAGGCCGUCACAGAUGAAGAUGCGUCUGUGGAGGAACGAGCUGAAUCCCUGCAGGAGCUGUGUGACACGCUGACACCAGGAGAAUCGUCCCUAGCAACAGACCCAGUGAGGGAGUCAGAGGAAGUGCAGGAGACACAACCCAGUGACACAAUGCUCACAUCUGACAACAGGGGACGGCAGCUCUGGGGCAACACCCCGCUGAGAGCGACUGGCACGUCGGCCGACACACAGCGGAGCAGCAAUCCCCCGCAGGAACAACACGCUGACAGCCCACAACAAGACCUCUCACCCAUGGGCGUCGCUGUGUCGGUGCAACCCUGUAGGGAUGUGUUCCAGGUCCGAGCUCAGGACGUCCCAGCUGAGAACAAAGAUGACCUGAGGCAAAGUAAAAGCUCUGCGUCUGGGAAGAAUCUGAAACCUGCACUUAAAGCCAAAGAGGAGCAGCUGACAGCUCAUCUCCUGCACAUCACAGGAAGACAUCAGCCGACACAGGCUCAUAUACAGGCUGUUGUCAGGGGCAACACCGUGGAGACCAAACAGGAGCCAGAGUGGACCGUCAUCCCAGAGACAGCCGCCCCACAUCAGGAAGAGCUCUCCCCUGAACAGGAAGUACUGGAGAGGUUGACCUCUGUGGAGAAAGCUGCUGACCUGAUGGAUUCUGCAGACCUUCAGGUGACACUGACGACAGAAACACUUGACUGGAUCAUCAGAAAACCAAUAGACAUCUCCUCCUUAACACUGCCUUAUCCGGAUUUGGUUUCUGACUUACAGGAGAUGGAUGUCAGGCUGCAGUCUGAACUGAAAAAGCUAACUGAGGAGGAAAGACGAGGGCAAAAAGUCAAAAUCUCGUCAUCCCUCAGUCCGGCUCUGCACAGCAGCGUCCAUCAUCUGGAGCAGCUCAGACAGCGGCUGGAGAAGGUUCAGUCAGCCGCCCUGGCCCUGGAUCACUUCCUAGUCACAGUCAGGGAAGCGAAAGCUGAAAUCCCAACCCCGUCGACACACCAGGACUCCAGCAGGCAGCAGAAUGAGGCAGACUGGAAGCAGGACAGACAGUCUUGGCAGCAGAAGUUGCAGAGGGCUGCGGAACAAGCUGACAGCCUUUUAAAGACAGCGGGGAUGACUCUGAGCAGGGACGGUUCGGCCGUGACGUGCCGGGAUGUGGUGACGUUUUCGUCCCAGCAAGCUGAGGAGAAAGAGUCGAUGAGCACCAAGAAGAGCGAGAGAAACGAUGAGAUAUUCCUGAUGGGACAAAAACACAAAGAGGGGAUUAAAGAGUUGAAUCCUUUGGAGGUUUGUCGUACAAAGUCGUGGGAUGAUUCAUCACGAAAGGAGGGAGCACAGGAGCAGAAGUGUAUGUCUCCAAGUGCAUUAGAAGAGGAGUCAGAGUUGGAGGCCAAAAGACGAAGACUGGAGGGAGAUAAUGAAACGAAUGCACAAAGGGCGAAUGUGCAAAAGGAUCAGACGUGCAGAUCUGAAGAGACUGUCCACAAAGCAAAGGAUGAGAGGAGAAGAAGAAGCAGCCAGGUUAAGAGAGAAGAAGAGAGGAGGGAGCGUUUGGUUCAGAGGAGAGCUGCCUUGAUAGGAGCGCUGAAGGAGAUGGAGGCAGCAGCUGAACAGCUGGGGUUAAAGGAGCCCACCCUGCCUGCUCUGCAGCAGAGGACACGCGCCCUAAAAGAUCUGGAAAGUCGUCUCGCCGGCCUCCAUGCUGAGCUUCAGCACCUUGAAGAAGAAGCAUCAGAAGCAGGGUUCUCUGACGGGAGUCAAACCGGAGAGGUGGAGGAGGUCUGGGAAGCAACGACUAAAGCUGUGACUGAACGACUGGAGCGGUGUCGAGUCCUAACAGAGCUGCUGAAGAGGUUCCAGAGCCUCCGUGGUGAGCUGAGUGGGACUCUGCAGAGGGCAGAGAGCGCCAUAAAUGAACAAGCCUCCUACAUGGGGAAAGAAAACUUGCAGAGACUGCACACUAAGGUCCGGGAAACAAAAACCGAGCUGAGCGGCCUCGGGGACAGGAUAGAGGAGGUGCGCAGUGUUUGCAGGCAGCUUCACACUCAUCUACGUCAGAUCCCAGAAUGCACCACCAUCCCUUUUGAGGAAGAAGCACAUGCUCUCAUGGACCGCUGGCUGGAUAUUUCAGAAAGAACCGAUUCUCACCUUGAAAACCUUCACCUUGGCCUGACUCGGUGGGAGGGCGUCCUCCAGCUGGGCGCAGAGGUGGAGAACUGGACUACCAAUAAACUGGCAGUCUUCGCUGAGUCUCCAUCCUUUCAGACUGAGGAAGAUAUUACAGCCUUACAGAACGAGAUUUUAGCCCAAGAGGAGAAUACUGAGCGUUUCCAAAGGAGAGCCAGUGAGGUUCAGAUGCUGCUUCAGAGCGCAGAGCCUCCUCUGGAGCUGCAGGUUGUGGAGACCCAGAUGAGGAAGAAGAUAAAGGAGCUGAAGGAGCUUGCCUCUGAGGCCGAGGACGUUCACAGGCAGAUGGUGGCUGCUAAGGAACAAGUCACGGCGAGGAUGGCUGAAUGUGCUAACUCCCUGCAGAAGAUCCAGGACUCCCUCCUCACUCUCAGGGGUUCAGAUGUUCCAACAGUCCUCGCAAAACUUAAGGAUCUACUGUUGGAGCUCCAGACUCAGGAUGAGCAGGCAGAGAGUGUCCUCGGGGACCUUAGUGUCAUCUCCUCCAUAGCCAAACCGCUCAGCCUCCAGAGUCUGUCUGUGGACGGGAUGCAGCUGCAGGACAAAGUCCGAAACACUCAUCAGCUCUUCUCUGAGGUGGAGGAACAGACUCAGAGGAACAUCCAGGAUCUCGACAGGCUGCAGAGGGAGGGUGAACAUUUAGCACGAUGGUUGCAGGCAGCUGAGGAGAGAGCGGGGAAUGAGGAAGGACGUAGUGUCUUACAAGAGGAAAGACUUCAACAAAGGGAGAGGACAAAGGAUAUACACGAGCUUGUGUCAUCUUUACAAAACAGCAACCUCCAGGAGUCUCCUCUGGUGGAAGAGGGAAGCAAGCUGCUGGAGAAAUACAACAACGUUCAAACCAAUCUUCUGGGUGGCUCCUCCGAGAAGCAGAGCUCUCUGAGCAGGAACGUCGAAGCAUCUCGGACUCUUUCAAAGUCUACUCAGCCCUCAGUCGCAGAUCUGAGACCAACUGUUGCCUCUGUGCUUGGAGAAAGUGUUGAUACUCAGAAUCCUGAAGAUGGGAGACUUCAACGUGAUCGAGCUGUGAAAAGUGCCAUGGCAGAAGAGGAGGCUCGCCUUGAGGAGGGUAAAUGUUCCCGCCUCAAGAAAAGUGUGCGUAAAGAGCAUCAAAUCGGUGAGUUGAUGCAGGACUGCCAGCGGAAAUUGGCGUCCCUGCAGGAGAAGCUCUCAGCCUUUCAGCCGGAGCAGAAAGAAAGCUCAGCCGCGCUGAUCACUGAUGCACCGGCUCUGGAGGCUUUGCUACAAGAAGUGGCAGACGUGGAAAAAGACCUUUUACAAAUUGUAACACUCAAGGACUCCAUCUCUGGCAGCGCCACAGCCGAGGCUCGGGCCAGCCUCUCCCAGCAGGUCGGCAGCCUCCAGAGCCACAAGAGGGCGCUAGACGACAGCGUCAGAGAAAGUCUUGCGCGGCUCACUGAGAACAGAAAGCAGAGAGUUAAACAAGUAGAGGAAGAAAUCUGUUGUGUGCAGACAGCAAUGAAGGAGCUGAUGGAAAGUUUAGAUGGGAAUCUGUGUGGGAGCGGAGAAGUGUUACCUGAUAUCAGGCUGCUCAAACAGCAGUGGCACAUACUACAGGGUUGUGAAACCAGGCUGGAAGAUUUGGCUGCAAAAGUUUCUGAUCUGCAGAAGACUGGAGAGACAAACAUCACACAUGAAACACAUCGUCCAGAUGUUAUGUUGUCUGUGGAAACAGCUGCUAAAGACCUCGACAGCCUCAGGUCUGUUGUUCUUCAAAGUAAGCAGGAGUGUGUAGAAAACACAGCUGACAGGGUGAGACAGGACAUCAGCCGGCUGCAGGAGUGGAGCCAAACUGCUGAACCUUCAUCGCCCAGCCAGGCCGCGCUGGAUGAAGGCUUUUUGCUUCAACACUCUCUACGUGAAGUGCUCUCUGAUAAAGAUUCUCUUCUGAACUGUUUGGGAUCACAAGUGUCAGAGGAGCUGCAGAAAAGUGCUUCAGAGGCUCUUAGUCAGAGUGCACGGACACUUCAAGAAUUCACAAAAAGCCCGUUUGGAACGGAAUUGAACCGAGACUUGUCCAUCGACGUGGCUGAAGAAAUACCAAAAAGUGAAAGCAAAACAACUUUAACAUCGCCUGAAGAAACUCCAGCCAUGCAUCCUCCUGCUUCUCCUUCACAUUCUGCAACAGACCACAAAGAAAACAGUGCCAGUAAUCAGUAUGACAACAGAAUCCAAACCAAAGAUAUUUUGGGAAAAGCCAAAGAAGAUACUAAUCAAUACCCAAACGUGGAUGUCUCCAAGUCAAAAACCAAACAAGAAUCCCAACUGUUGACAUCAAGUCCACCCAGAACAAAAAGGGAGGCAUGUGUCGAGCAUCGAGAUGAAACGGACACGUUAAGCUCUGGUAUCCAUCCUUUAAGCAGCGAGCACAGGACAGCUAAGCCAGAUAACUCUCCCCCUUUUACCCCUGAAAAUGUGUCUGAACAUCUAACAGCGCAGACAGUUACAGACGCCCGAACACAACAGAAACACGAUGAGGACAGCGCUGUAAUCCCAAAGAAAGUGUUCACUAUAAUGUUAGAGAUGGAUCCCAGGGACAUGCAGGUUAAUGAAAACGCAGGUCCAGAUGUAUUUGGACGUUCCCAGGGAGUGUUUGAUUCAAAGCCUGUUUCUAGUGUGGGAUUUCUUGAGAAGAAUUCUGGAAAAAUCAGCCCUGAAUCAGAGAAAUCAGAAGCACAAUCAGACACUUUUAAGGCAGUUUCUGAUGCUCAAGAGAAGGAGAAAUUCAGUGUGGACAUCAGUGAAACCCAAAAGAAAGUGUUGGACACAGAAGCCCCUGAGUUCCAGUCAGUGGACAUGCCGCAAAGGGAAAAUGUUGGAGCGUGUAGUCCAGAUAUAUUCUCAUAUUCAACAGCAGCAGAGAUAAAUGAUGCUAAGCUAACACAAGACACCAUGGUAGGAGUACCUGAGGAGAAAUCUAGACCCGUUAAAACUAUAACCAGUCCUGAAUCAGACGAUAAAAAUGUGAAACUAAAAAAGAGUCUCACAUUAAACGAGUCUCAGGCUGCACAUUCACAGUCAGAGAACUCCAUGCGGGUAGUUUCUGCAGGACUUGAUGAUGUAAGUAGUUCUGCAAGUGCAAAUUCAUCAUUCCAGGAAACCCGUCAGGUAAAGCAGGAUGAGGUCUUGAAUCCCUCCAACCCAUGCGGCAGUGUUGCUGAUCGUCAGCUCGGUGUAGCGCGUGCAGCUGAAACGUCUUUUCCGAGUGUCAGAAGAGAGGAGAUGACAGAUUUCUGUCCGGCUGAAGGGCAAACAAUGAGCUCAUUCUUGUGCUGCGUGGAGGGAGAGAACGUAACAGAGACACAAAUACCUGUCAGUGAAAACACACAGCAGGCUGCUGCACAGAGCACAAGUCCAGGAGUUUUGGAAAUGACCGAGAGAGAAACCAAGGAGGACCUUAAACUCCAGGAGGCCGAACUUUUAAAAGCUCCAGAACGUCAAGAUGAGGAGACACUGCCAACGGAAGAGAGGGAACCCAUGGUCCCUGCUUCACCAGAGGACAGGGAGGUGGCACAGACACAGCCUCUGAUCACAGAAAGCAUGGAGCCUGAGAGGACAGCGCCUGGUUUGAAAGCUGAUCCACCAGCCGGGGAGACGUCAGGUGGAUCACAAGACUCCCGCAAACACAAGUCCACCAUGCAGGAUAUUUUGACUGACAUCCAGAGCUUGGUGGAAAGGAGUAACAUAAUAAAUCGAACUCCUCACAUCGAUUUGAAUUGGUACCUGAAGUCCUCUCCUGGGGAACCAGAGAUUCGAUUGGUACGGACUGUCCAAAAAGUUCUGGCAUGUCGUUAUCAACCAGCACAGCUCGACAUAAAGGAGAUGGCCAAACAACUGCAGGAUGCGGAGGACUACAGGCGCUGUGUGCAGGAUCAAGUGGCUGCCAUGAAGAGUAAGAGUGGUGCCAGGGUUUGUGCCCCAGAUGCCUUGAAAAGUGUUGAAGCGCAGUGUAGUGCGGCACUGCUGGACGCCUCCGCCACUGUGCAGGUCAAAGCAGCACAGCUGGAUCAGGUCAAACGGUAUCAGAGAGAGAUGAAGAUCAUUAGAGCUUUCUUGGCCGUUGUAGCCGUCGAGAAGGAAAAAAUGAGCUUAGAUAUUUCGGGAAGCAGUGCCCUUCAAGCUAGCAAACUCAAUGGCCUGCUGCAAACAAUGGUACUGAAAAAAGGCAUGAUGGAAGAGCUCCUCCGGAUAAGUAGCCAAUUAUCAGUCCACCUGAGUGACGCUGAGAGCUCAGGCGCUCUUCUCGCCCAGCUUGGAGAUGUCCAAGAGGAAUGGAGGCUAUUAGAAGGAAGUGUGAAAAGAGCUCUGCAGCACACUUCAAGCUCGACCUCUCAAUUCUCUCUUCUGAUAAAAGACACCAAACAGCUUAAAGCCAAGCUUGAAGCCCUUCAGACGUCCAGCUUUGAAAGCAAUGACAGCAAAAGCGCUUUAGAAUCUGUUUGUCUCAUCACGGACCUCAAACUGUUCAGCCAGCUAUAUCUGCACCUGCAGUCCGAGUCUGAAGCUCUCGUCCAGUUCUCUCUGGGUCAGAAAGAGAAAGACGAGAUCAAACGUGAACUCCAGGAAGUGGGCUCUCUGAUAAAUGUCACCAAGAGCAAACUUGACAUUUCAACAUACAGCUCUUCAGCUAAGAUAAACAGGCAAUUACAAGACUUGAUCACAUGGGCCAAGCAGGCGGAAAACCAUAUCUCGAUUGGGAAAAAGUUAGCUCUUUUCCCAGAGGAGGCCCGGAUUCAGAUAGUUGAGAUGAAGAAAUUUCAAACGGAUAUUUUGUCUCGAAGGUCCAAGAUGCAAGCGGAAGUGGAGCAGAUGAAAGACAUCGCCUCUGGCAUGGAAACGGAGGAAAGCGACCAAGUUUUCAAGACCGUAGAGGACCUUUAUGUGGCCAUCACUGACAGCUUGGGUCAUGUUCUUGACACCAUGAAGAAAGAUCUGAAAGAAAGGGAGACAAUGUUAUGCCAGCUUGCUAGCAUGGAUGCCUGGCUUGCAGAGAUGCAUGCCAAAAGAGACCCCUGCACGCGUGUCGACAAUGUUUCAAAAGCCAACAUCAGAGAGCUGGAGAUCGAGCUGAAAAGUCACAAAUUUGCCACAGUGAAGAUUGAGAGCACAAUAAAGCUGGUGGAAGGAAUGGCAGAAAGUUGCAAAGAAAUAGCUGCAGGGUUGGGUCCAGGGGAGAGUCGCUACCUUGUCAACAGACUGUCAGGACUUUGGACAGAAUUAGAUGGAUUGCUAGCUUUAGAGAAGGCAACCAGCUGGGAAUUAGAGGAGCUGAUUCAUGAGAGAACUUCGUCAGACGAGGAAUUGUCGACCAUUCAGGCUUGUUUAGAGAACAUCUCCACUGAUCUGAAGCAACAAAUGUUCCCUUUAACACAUGAAACCAUUUCAAAAACAGCCCAAUGGAAACACAUGUUGAUGGAGCAUCAGUGUCAAGUACAAGAGAUCCAGCACUGCCAGGAGGCCCAGCGAAGCUCCCUGUUGUGCACCAUUGGGGAGCUGCAAGACCAGUGCAAAGCUCUCAGUAGUAAUGCCUUUGAACAAGAGAAAUAUCUGCACAUGAGGAGCCAGAUGGAGGCAUCUAGGGACAUCACCGAAGAGCAAAUCCAGCGUGCCAAAGAUAAAGAUAUAAAUUUGGGUCAGAGGUUCAGACAGUGCCAAACGCUCUUGGUUGAACUUCCCUUGGUCAAGACACAGUGUCAAGAAGCAGCUGACCAGUUGGAGGCCAUAGCUCAGGAAUUGAACCCGACUGAGCUCAAUUCAGAGAGGCAGAGAAUUCGCCAAACUGUGGAAACUUUAGUCUCCUGGGAGAAUUCUGUCACAGACGAUGUCAAGAACCUAGAAGCCAAGCUUCUGCUCGGCCUGCGAUUUUCCUCCGAGCUUCCUGCCUUAAUACAGUUUUUCCAGAGUACGAGAGCGGAGCUGGAGGGAGCCAAACCUGUAGACCCAGAAGAGAAAGCCAUAGAUAUUGCACUACGAAGGUGUUGGGUUAUUUGGAGAAAUAUGGAGUCUGGGAUGAGGGUCUUGGAAGGCCUGGGGCGAAAAGACAAGACUAACCUGAAGCACAACAAGGAGCUGUACUCACUUAGAGAUGCCACCAUGCAUGAGUGUCAUGUUAGAAUGGAGAGUUUGUCCCAAGCUCGAGAGUCCCUGAAAGAUUACCAAUGGGCUGCUCAGGGAGCAAUCAGUUUCCUCCAUAAUGCCGAAGCCACCUUCCUCUCUGCUCCUGGAGGCUUUUUGGAUUGUACCGAGGAACAACGACAGACGCAGCAGGCUCUAGAAACUCUUGAGGAUGGAUUUCAGGCUCAUAUUCGCCACCUUUUCGAGCUGGUGCCCAAACAACCCUGCCUAUCUCUCCAAAAGACUGAGCAACUCCACAUCAACAUCUUCAGUCAGCUGUUGGUUGGACGAGCCUUACUGGAAGCCCACGCCCAGCUUAGACUGGAGUCCUUGGAGAGGUGUGAAGUAAGACAGCAAAGCCACAGGAGGUGUCAUGAAGACAUACGUCAGCAUCUUUCCGGGCUCGAGGCUCAGCUCUCAGAAUGUGCUGGAGAACAAGUGACAUCAUAUGAUAGAUGUGUUGCCCAACAGAAAAGAGCUACGCUUUUGAUGGAAGAUCUCUGCUGCCUCGCUGGUAAAACAGAAGAACUGAGAGCAGGGUGUCCGAUGCAGGGCUGUGUUGUUGGAAAGGACGGCGAGCUGGGCGCCCUCUGGAGGCGCUGGGUGUCGCUACGACGUGGUAUCGGCUUUCUAAUGGCACACACAGAACAGAGAGGGGAGGAAUGGAAGGACAUCACAACAAGUAUGGAGCAGUGUUGCAGCUUUUUGGCCAGUCUUCAGGCUGAAGUUCCCGACUCCUCCACUGUGAGCUUCAUUAAGGAGGAACCCCAGGAGCUUCUGGCUCAGGCUGAGAUGCACCAGGCCGGGCUGGAGCAGGAGCAGCAGGCCCUGGCCUCGCUGGAGCACCGACUGGAGCAUGCCUUGAGCUUAUCUAGUUGCCAUGAUCCCGUCAGCCCCGGACCUGUUGGAAAAACCCUUGUGAAGAUCCAAGACAAUGUCAGGAGCUUGAAGGAGAGAAAUCUGCAGGUGGUAGCAGCAGCCCAGGCGGAGGAGAAAGAGAGACAACAAGUCCAAGAGGAGAUAGAAGAGGUGGAGCAACACGUGUUAGCUGUUCUUACUUCACUGGAGGCCAGUUCGAAUCCAAGCAAACAGCAGGAGCUCAGAAAGGAUUUGUCCUCCCAGAAGACCAAACUACAGAGCAUCAUGGCCGGUGUGCAGAGCCGGUAUGCUGAGAUACCACCUGACAUCAACAGGAGGCUACAAGAGGUUCAGCUGUCUUUAAGAAGAGAGGAGGAGAAGCUCGUGGAGAAGAGCAUCUCAAUCCGAAAGCUCAACAGCCAGGUGGCAGAGUUGGGCUCCGGCCUGGAGAAAGUCAAAAUGUUACUGGAGCAACAGUCACCGACGGUCCCCGAAGCUCAAAAAUUACUCAAGCGUGUGUGGGAUGAGUUGGAUCGGUGGCACAGCCGCCUGAUGCUCCUGGAAUGUGAGGUUCAGGAUCUUGCGGAGGAGCAUCCAGAUCAAGCCCACCUGCUCAUAGACCAGCUCACCCAGCCGCUGCAGUUCUACCAAAAUACAGCGCAGCUGGCCGAGCAGCGCACAGCCUUCCUCAGCAAGAUCCCCUGCUGUCUUCAGGAGUUUGAGGACAUUGUGAACAGCGCCACCUGCUGGUUGGGCGAGGCCCAGUCGUGGCUCAGUGCUCCCUCCUCCUUCACAACAGCCAGAAGUAUCCAGAAUCAUGCAAACUCCCUGCAGCUGGUUCUUGAUGACUCUGAGAGGAUCAGAAGCGCCCUGCAGGACUUCAGACCAGUCCUGGACGAGGUCUCUGCUGUGUGUGACAUGAGCACCCAGAAGGAGAAGUUGGACCAGAAUGACCAGCAGGUCAAACAAAUGCAAAGCAAGAUCCUCGAGCCGCUGGAGCAGCUUCUGCAGGCUGUUGAGGUGGUGGAAGAAACCGAAACGGAGCUGAAGACGAUGGAGAAGAAUGUCCAGAAGAUCCGAGCCAUUUUAUCCUCAAUGGACAACUCCAACAUAACUCUGACGGAGCAUCUGCAAAACAGACAGGUGAUCCUGGCCAACGUGCAGUCGAUGCAGAGGACGCUGGAGGAGAUGGAGAGAUGCAAAGGAGAUCUUCAGCUCCCACAGGGAGCAGAGGAGAGCCUGCUGGUCUUCUCCAGAGCCAAACUGCUGCUGCAGCAGCUGAAGGAGCUGGAGCAGCUCACCCAGCAGCAAGCCACAGUGCUGGAGGAAAACAUCCGAGAGGAGGACGUCAGCAUCACCAAAGUCUUUGACUCGUCUGAAGGAACAAGAUCCAGACAAAUAGGCUCGGUCCAGGAGGCUGCUGAGGUGUCAGAGGAAGAGGAGGAUGAGGAGAACAGGAGUUGUCACUCGUCGUCCUCUGAUACACUAACAUGCAGUAUACCAGAGGACCCAGAGGACACGCUCGACGCUUUAGAUGUGCAAAGUCAGGAUAUCGAUGAAAUGGAGCCACUAUCAGAAGCUAAGAAACUGGAGAGUUUGCCUGGUGACAUUUCUACUGAUGUAAAGAUGAGUUCAGAAGACACGGAGACAUCAUCUGUGAAGCCUGAGCUGGAUUCAAAAGACUCUCUCUCAGGACGGAUAGACGCUACAUUGAUGACGAUGGAGUACAAAGCCGAUGUUGGGGAGGCAUUUGGUCCUGACACUGCGGCGGCUGAAGAUGAGGUGACUGCUGCGACUACCCUGGACCGACAAGGAUCACCACAACAUGAAACCCUCAGCACAGACCCUCAAACAGAACCCCGUCAGGCAGCGGCUGCAGUGGAAGACAGAGGACUGAUUCCUGUAACUCCAUCCGCUGACGCAAGAGCAUCAGAGAGAUCUACAGCAGAGGAAGACAAAGAUCAGUCUUUAGACCUGGUUUCUCUGAAUGUGUUGAAGAAGCAACAGAAAGAUGGCAUCAGUCAGAGUGGGUUUGUGGAGGAAUCCGUGCAAGCCGAGAAGUCCCCUGAGCUGCAGAUCAGCUCGGCUGGACGGGAAGAAAAGGACACGGAGCAGCGGAGGUGGAGUCAACUCUACACCCAGAUCUCUCAAAAAGUGACCACUCUGAAAAAAGUGAAGGAGGAGCCUCAGGAGCUCCUCAGCUCAAAGGCCGGAGCGACCCGUGAAAAGGAUCCAGAAAAAGAAAUGUUGUCAUCCGGAUCUGCUUUUUCUGUUCUCCAUGGGAUUAAUGAGUCCUCCUCCGUGCUGAGACAAAUAGUGAGCUCUGCAGACGGCUCACAUCCAGGUGUAAGUGAGGAGUUGUACGAUGCCGUGCGGAAGGUCCUCCUCAGUCUGAGCGCUUUGACCGACUUCCUGUUGACUCCUCGUGGCUCUGAGGAAGAUGACGACCAGCUGAGGCUGAUACAGCAGGAGUGUGUUUCAGCUGAGAUGGUGACUGUGUCUGAACUGUUGAGUAAAGUGGAGUCAGACACCAAACCGAUGCUUUCCAGUGAAGAACCAGAAGCUCUCCAGUGUUUGACCUCCCUUCAGGAUGGUCUGCAGACAGUCCAGCUGAUCUCCACCUCAUCCCGCAAUCAGCUCCUUCAACAUUUGGGCAUGGCACACCAACAUCAGGAGCUCCCGUCCAACAGGCCGUGUCUUCUGGACGAGUUUGAACAGGGAAAAAGUGAGAUUUUCCCCGGCAUAAAGGAAGCUCCCAGUUUGGAGCUGUGUGUGCUGGGCAGACAUCUGAGGGAGGGUCCAGGGGAAAAAGUCAAGCUACAGCAGGCUUCCCGGUCCUUGCUUCAGGGGACGACUCGCCUCCUGGAGCUGGGUGAAGAAUGCUUCACAGAGAGGCAGAUGAACCAGGUCCAGAACCGCUGCCAACUUCAAGCCGUUCUCUGCAGACACAAGAAGCUCCUGCAGGUCCUCAGAUCUCAGCUGGCUUUUGUUCAGCAUCUGUUCCAGCGUGAGCCAGAAGCGCUCGAAUGUCAGGAGGAUGAGCGGGUCCAGCUGGAGGUCCGAGCCAAAGCUUUGCAGCAACAGGCUCUGGGACUGGAAGCGGCUUCUCAAAGGGGACUCCAGGAGUGGAACCGCUGGGAGGAUAAUUGCGGUCGGCUUGGAAGGCUGCUGGACGAUGUCGAAGCCUUCAUCAGCAGCGAGGAACCGGAGGGAGACGAUGAGGAGUUAGUGAAGGAUCGUUCACAUCUCUGCCAGCAAACACUGGUCCAGCUGGAUGAGAGCAGAGCGGCUCUAGGACUGCUCCUGGAUCAGAGGAAGCUGCUGCAGACCGAGCCAACGCUCGCCGCCGCGGUCAGUCACGCGGGCAGCGCCCUUGAGCAGCGAUGGCAGAGCGCCUACAGGUGGACAGAGCAGGAGAUUCAACGCUGCAGGGACAUCCAGGACAGCCGGACCAGAUUCCACACAGACUUUACUUCGGUCAGCGAUUGGCUGGUCGGUGCCAACAAACGCCUGAAGAAUUGGUCAAACCUGGCCGACACCUCUGAGCUGAGCGCCGAGUGUGUUCACAGCAAUCUGAUCGAGCUGCUGGACUUCUCCAUGGAGGUCGAGUCCCAGUCAGUGCAGAGGGCGUCUGUAUCCCGGGACGCCUCUCAGCUGCUCCACCUGAGAGAAGCCGACUGUCCCGGGCUGAGAGCUCAGCUCAGCCAGCUGGAUUCAAGCUGGAGCCAGCUGACCUCUGACCUGUCGAAGAUCCAAGAGCGCCUGCAGCAGCGCCUGCUGACAGUUUGGCCGCCUCUGAGGCUGCUGUGUGACCUGGAGGACUGGCUGAGGAAGCAGGAGGCUCGACUGAACCGGGAGACAGACGCUGUCCUCAAGGCCGAAGACGCUGCUCACAUCACUGAACACCUGCAGCACUACCAGGAGUUAAAGGUAGGCGUGGUCAACGGGCAGCUCCUCCUUGAUUUCCUGUGCCAGUCUGGGCCUCGGGUGGUUGGACGGGACGUCCAUGCUCUCCGCUUUGAGCGUACAAAGUUUGCAGAGGACCUCGGCGCCCUCAGACUGAAGUGGCUUCACGUUCAGAGAGAGCUGCAGAGCCAGAUUCGAGAAGCUGAACAGAUACACCACACGUGUGCGGACCGAGAAAGGCGUUUACAGCAUCUUAAGAACUGGACAAGACGGCAGAAAAAGCAGCUAGAUCACUGGAAACAGCCGAGUGGUCAAAGUGUGGCGCGUAAGGCUCUGCAGGCGUCUGAGGAUGUUAAGGGCCGAGUGAAGAAAGUGACCGCAGCUCUGCAGAAGUUGAAACUGACACGAGUGUGUGAUGGAAAGGAUGAGGAACACACCUGUGAUGUAAUCUUCUCUGGCCAGACGGAGAGAGUUUGCGAGGAUUGUGGUGAUCUGGGUAAACAGAUUGAAGCUCUGACACCAGCUCUGCGACAGACUGCGGAGGAGUGGGGACGCUUCGAGAGCGAUCUGAGGGAGGCGUCUCUGCACACCACUAGGGCGCGCUGUUUUCUGCAGCAUCAGCGAGCUCCUCUGUUCUCACUCAAGCAGGCAGAAGGAGACAGGGACGUCCUCCAGCAACUUCAAGAAAAGGCCGAAAGAGAGGGAGAGAUUUGGGCGUCCCUGGACAAAUCCUGCCGGGGCCUGGUGAAGAAUCUACAUCAUGUAGCAGCUCAGGGUCUGAGUGAUCAGAUGGAAAGAGAGAGAAAAAGGUGGAAGGACGUGUUGCAGGAUCUAAAGGACGAGCACGUGAAGGCUGCAGAGACACUCUCCCUCUGGCAGGAGUACACUCAGCUCUCUGACCAGAGCGUCCUGAGCCUGCAGAGAGUGAAGACUCAGUGUGAGGAGCUUCUGUCGUCGUCCCCUCAACAGGACACUCAGGAUGUGGUUCAGUCAGUGGAGAAGUUGCAGGAGGCUGCAGAAGAUUUGCAAAGAGGCAUGGGAGAUGUUCUUUCGGCUUCCAAGCCUGUAAUUGGACGGCUACAACCCCUGGCUGGGAAUUUUAUCCAAUCGGAGACCAGACUGCUGUCGCGUGACAUCCUGCUGCUGAGCCAGGCAAUUUCAGGAAGAAAGAAACAUCUUCAGGAGGAUUUGGAGCAGCAGGAACUACUUCAUGCUCGUCUGGAGGCCUUCGAAAAGCAGACGCAGGAAAUUCAAGAUAAAAUUAACAAAAGCCCCAAUAGCACAGAUUCAGUGAAGCAGGUUCUCUUUGAGCUCAGUGACCUGUUUGCACCGCUGAUUGACGUCAAAGAGAUGAGUGUCUACGGGAGCCUUAACAACAAGGAGACGGACAGACUGCACACACUCAGCAGGCAAUGGGUUGAAAGCCUGACUCACAUGUCUGACAUGAACAGAGAGCUGCAGGCUGAGCAUCAGCGCUCUUUGAGUUUUCAGGAGAAGUGUGAGAACCUGACGUCCGUCCAAAAGAAGCUUGAAGACGAAUUGAUGUCUAAAACACCUCAGAGUUACUCCAGUCUCCAGGAGAUGCUCUCUGAUCAUCAGAAGCUUGAGCUUGAGAUGAUUAAUGGACACCAGCUCCUGCACAGUCUUCUCUGUCAGGCACUCGAGUCCAUGGAAACAGAAGCGGAAGAGAAAAGAUCUGAACUCAUCGCACGAGUGACUCGUACUAGGAAGAGCUGGUUCAACACUGUGGCCCUGGCAGGCGAGCGCAAGUCAUCCAUAAAAGAACAAGUGGGCAGAUGGAGACUCUUCAAUCGUGGCUCGAAAAUUGUCUGGAAACUGUUGAGGGACGUUGACCCCUUGCUGCCCCCUGCUGGACCAACUCUGUCUACUCUGCAUCAGCUACAGAGCUGUACAGAAGAUUACCAGUGUGUCGAGGAGGCUCUGCGUCUGCACUCCUCCGUGUACACCCAGACGAUGGAGGCUGGCAGACAGCUAUGUGACGCCAUGGCAGACUCAGAGUGUCAGAGCAGACUGCUGUCAGAGCUGCAGGCCACACAGGAGGCCUGGGAAAGAACCAGUUCACUGCUGGAGAGGAGAAGAGACCUGGUCAACACAAAUCAUCAGAAGUGGUCUCAGUGUCAGGAGGGGAUAAGCGGCGUCAUGUCUGACCUGGAUGAGAUGAAAAACAGGCUAACACGACCAGAGAGACCACAGGACUCAGAGGAGGAGAAACACAUUCAGGAGACAGAGCUCUCUCUGCAGCGUUUGAACAGUGGAUUGAGGGAUUUGACCACCAUGAAGACGGACCUGUCGCAGUACGUUGCAGCCGCUGACUCGGCUCUGCUGGAGCAGCAGCUGGAACAGCUCCACGGUCAAUGGGAAGAGCUGUGUACCAAGGUGUCGUUGCGCCGGCAGGAAAUUGCAGACCGCCUCAACGCCUGGACCAUCUUCAACGACAAGAACAAAGAGUUCUGCGAUUGGCUGACUCAGAUGGAGAACAAAGUGUGUCACAGCGGAGACCUGAGCAUCGAGGAGAUGGUGGAGAAACUGAAGAAGGACUGCAUGGAAGAAAUCAACCUGUUCAGUGAGAACAAAAGCCACCUGAAGCAGCUCGGUGAGCAGCUGCUGUUGGCCAGCGACGAGGCCAAGCAGUCGCAGGUCCACAGUUCUCUGCAGGAGGUCAACCAGCGCUGGCACCACCUCUUUCAUCACAUCGAAGCCAGGGUGAAGAAGCUGAAGGAGACUCUGGUGACCAUGCAGCAACUGGAUAAGAACAUGAGCAACCUCCGCUCUUGGCUUUCACGCAUCGAGUCCGAGCUGUCCCGACCAAUCACCUACAGCGUGUGCCACCACCAGGAGAUCCAGAAGAGGCUGGCCGAGCAGCAGGAGCUGCAGAGGGACAUCGAGCAGCACACGGCGGGCGUAGCGUCCGUGCUCAGCCUGUGCGACGUCCUGCUGCGGGAUGAAGACGCUGCUGGUGGCGGCGGCACCGAGGCGGAGAGCGACUCCCUGCAGGAGACCAGCCGCAGCCUGGACCAGCGCUGGAGGACCAUCUGUGCCCUGGCUCAGGAGAGGAGGCUCAGGAUUGGGGAGACGUGGGGCCUCUGGUGCAAAUUCCUCGAUGACUAUUCCCGCUUUGAGGAUUGGCUCAAGAUGGCCGAGCGUACCGCUGCCAGCCCCAACUCUGCAGACGUCCUUUAUACUGUCGCCAAGGAGGAGCUCAAGAAGUUCGAGGGUUUCCAAAGGCAGGUCCACGAGCGGCUGACCCAGCUAGAACUGGUGAAUAACCAGUACCGCCGCCUGGCCAGAGAGAACCGCACCGACCGAGCCAGCCAGCUCAAAGCCAUGGUCCACGAGGGCAACCGACGCUGGGACACGCUGCACCGCAGAGUGGCCUCCAUCCUCCGCAGACUCAAGUAUUUCACCAGCCAGAGGGAGGACUUUGAAGGCACCAGAGAGAGCAUGUUGGUGUGGCUGACCGAGCUGGACCUUCAGCUCACAAACGUGGAACACUUUUCAGAGAGCGACGUUCAUCAAAAGAUCCAGCAGCUCAAUAGUUUCCAGAAGGAGAUCACUCUGAACACGGAGCGUAUUGACGGACUGAUCGUGUUCGGAGAGGGUCUGAUCCAGAAGAGCUCGCCGCAGGAUGCUGCGCUGAUCGAGGACGAGCUGGAGGAGCUGCACUCGUACUGCCAGGAGGUUUUCAGCAGACUGGUCCGCUUCCACCAGCGCCUCAGCCAACCCCCGGUAAUCAACGAAGAACCCGAGCUCUCCAGCACCUCGUUCUCGUUGGAGUCCAGCUUGGAGCUGAUUGGCCGGCCGUGGCUGGGGCGGAGUCUAGGAAGCUUCCCGGCCACUCCGACUCACCUGCUGGCCGGUGCACAAGAACGCUCAGGGCGGGAGACGCCGGUGAGCGUGGACUCCCUGCCGCUGGAGUGGGACCACACCGGAGACGUGGGCGGGUCAUCGUCACACGAGGACGAGGAGGAGGAGGAGGAGGAGGCGGAAGACCAGGAGGACGGGAGAACUUACUUCAGCGCUCAUUCAGAGGUGGAGUUGAUGGAGAGCCUGGAGGAGUUUUUCGAGGCCCGGGAGGCCCUACGAGCCUCCUCACUGGUUUGCAGCAGUUCCAUGUCUGCACUAGAGUCUCCAAGAUGGCGCUCACAGGGAGAUGCCGAAACACAAUCUCUCCACAGUGAGACUCCGCCCACCCUCACCAGCACGCCGCUGAAGCCGGCCUAUCUGCGUCUCAUGUCUCAGUGCAGCGGCAGCAUCGAGAACAUUAAGCGAGUCUCACUGAUCCUGGAUGACGAGGAGCAGCCGGAGGAGCUCGGCCUGACGGGACUGACCUCCUCAGACAAACAGUCAGGUGUGAUCGAACGCUGGGAGCUGCUAAAGGCUCAGUCCAGGAGCGACCUGCACGCUGACUCUCAGGAGUCCCCACAGUUCACAUCUGACCUCGAUGACAUCACUUCCUGGUUAGAGAGCGUGAUCCCACACCUGGAGCGCCUCCAGCAGUCUGAGCCAGCAGUCGGUAUGGAGGAGAUGGCAGCCAGAGCCAAAGAACUGAAGGAGAUGCAGAAGACGUUCACACACUACAAGUCCAUCAUGCUGUCUGUGAACCUGCAAGCUCAGGAAGCUCCAGAACUUCAGGAGAGACUGGCUGGUAUGAACAGAGACUGGAGUCAAGCGUGUACGGGUCUGCAGCAGUGGGACACCGGUCUGAGGAAGACACUGAUGCAAUGCCAGGAGUUCCAUGAAAGCCUCCACUCUCUGCUGCUGUGGCUGGCCCACGCAGAGAGCCAGCGCUACGCAGUGGACAUCAGUCACCCAGACACGUCGGUCAGAGCCCUGCAGCAGCACCACAGCACGCUCACAGAUCUGCAGACGGAGCUGCGGUGCAGACAGACUCAGCAGGCCUCCCUGCAGGCUCUGUGGUAUCAGCUGCAGCCGGAGGACGACGCCGAGGAGAGCGACGAGGCUCAGGAGAAGCUUCAUGUGACCAGGAGCAAACUGAAGCUGCUGCUGAGGCAGGUGGGCCAGGACCUCGGCUCCCUGCAGCAGCGUCUGGAAUGUGUGUCUGCAUCAGAGGUUCAGGGCCAAAGCGUCUCGGCAGAGCCUCCUCAAGAGGCUGCAAAUUCAAAGAAAAGUUCCUCUGCUCAAAGAGAGAGGAGAGCCUCGUCCCCGCCUCGCUCCUUCUUCUACCGGGUCCUCCGCGCCGCCUUCCCGCUCCACCUCCUCCUGCUCUUCCUGCUUCUGCUCCCCUGUCUGAUCCCGAUGUCAGAGAGCGACCCCACCUGCACCACCACCAACAACUUCGCCCGCUCCUUCUACCCCAUGUUACGCUACACCAACGGCCCCCCGCCCACAUGAUACCAACAAAGAAAUAUAUGGAGUUCACUCUGAGAAACACAAGCCACCUUUUUGACACUAAACUUUCUAACAUGAGAUGUUAUAAAAUGAUUCUUCUUUUAAAAAAAAGUCCAAAGUGCAUAAAUCGUAUUUAAGUAUCUAUUUGAAAAGAUUUGAUAUUUGACAGUAUUUAUUUAUUAGAAAUCAGGAAAGACGCCUUGUGAACACAAGAACAGAUGUUUUAGUCGAAUGAUUCAAAGAUCUUGAUGCCGUCUGAUCAAUCAGUUUAUUAUUAAAGACAGCUUUAGUGGAUUCAUGCAGAAGAUGACGACUUGAGGAGGGAAAGCAGCAAAUAUGUUUAAGCAACUUCACAAGAAAAACACUGAUAGAUAAGCCACCUUGAUCUUUUGCUAAACUCGAAGCUGAUCGUCCAAAUGUCUCCAUGUUUGUAUUCAGAAACCUCCCCUGUCAUGCUCGUCUAAGUUUGUUGUCGUAGUUUAACAUUUCAUCAUGUUUAUCUUGGCUCUGCAAAAAAAAAAAAAAACAGAGCACGCUUUAUUUUUUUUGUUUUGGAUUGUAAUCGAAGAAGAAAAUGUUUAUUUUUUCAGCAGAAGACACUGGUUCAAUUUGAAUGUAAUUUUUUUUAUACAGCCAACAGUACAAAGGUUUAGGGUUAUAACAAAGCUGUUUUUGUUUUGUUUUGCAGUUUUGUACACAAAAUGGUAUAUUUUUUUAGACGCUAUUUGUCUUGAUUAGAUUGUGAGCAGACAUUUCCACGCCUCCACUGCACUGUUGAACACUGUCUGUAGAUAUAGAGGGAUGAUGUGUCUGUACAGAUUGUAAUAAUAUAAUGUUUAUUUAUGACAUCCAACGGUGGAUUUAUGCUCCUGAUUGACUGGUAGUAAACACUGAUUGUCUUAA